AUGACAAAAAAUAAUGGAAUGCCUAUUGAGGUAAACAAAAAAUCUUUUGAAGCGGUUCAAGAAUUAAAAGACGAAUAUCAAGUACCAUCGUUUGAGGAAUUUAUGAAAACUUAUGAGAAUGAUGAAGGAGUAAUUGAGGGUUAUGAGAAUGAAAUUAAAAGUUAUGGAGAUAUAGGAGUAAAUAGAAGUUAUGGUCCGGGAAGCAACCAAAGCAGCUAUAGUGAUAACAGCGACCAAGCGAGAACAGCAAGGCAUACCGUAAAAGUUGCGGUUGGUGUAGCAUCAAACGUAGCUUCAAAAGUAGCAGGUCCUGCGGCUCCAAUGAUUACCGGAGCCGUUACGAGUGUAGUAGGGGAAAUAGGUCAUGCUUUAAGUUCGGACAGUGAUUUUAAAGAUGCUUGA